CGUGCAGCGAAAGCAAAAGGGUGAAAAUAUAGCUUUUCACCAUGAUAGAAAUAAUAUUGUGUUUUUAUAACCAAUCGGAGUAUUCUAAAUAGGUUUGCAUGCAUACAAAGUAAUUAUGGCUUAUUCCAAUAGUAUACUGAAAACACCAACAGUGCUAGAACAAUUACUUGAAGAAAUAAAUUUUCAAAGAACAAAAGAAAUGAGACAACUUUUAAAAGAUGGGACAGGAUUCUCUAUAUCUGAAGAUUUAACGCUUAAUCAGCGAGAACAUUAUAAACAACUGAAAGAAAAUCUUGUAGAAAUAAAACAAAGUGGAAAGUAUAAAAAUUCCUAUAUUAAGGGAAUUCAUCUCGUAUUAGAUGGUAAAAAGCAUACGCUUGAAGAUCUUUCAGAUAUUGAAAGCAAAUCUGAAGAGAGUACUCCAACAUCACCAAGUGCAGAGCAAACUGGUUCUCCUCCCAUCAUCACUUCUAUCGUAUCAAAAAAUCAAGCCCAAAACACAUUGCUGAAUACCAAUAAAAAUUCGAAAACCAAAAAUCAAACUAACGCAAUCACUGGAAGGAUAACAAGCCGAAAGCUGCCAAUAGGUGACCCAGACAUUGAUUGGGAAGAGACUGUUUACUUAAAUCUCAUCAUUCAUCAAUUUGAAUAUACCUUAACCCUGGCCAUAUGUACAAGAACGAGUCCAAAGGAAUUGCAGGUUCUAAAGAGACAUUCUCAAAAAGUUUAUGCUUCGCCUAGUCGCAGAAGAAUGGACACGAAAGGAGAAGUCGAAGAAAUAACGUAUCCGCACAUUUGUUUCAUGGUUGACAACUUCGACGAAGUAUUCCAUGACAUUCUCGUUCGCGAUGGCGAAAUGGUAUGCGUAGAAUUGUUGGCUGCUGAUAGAGCCGGAAGUAUACAAGGGGUUAUAUUCUUGGGAUCGAUUAGAUACGACGCCCUCAAAAAAGUAUACGAUGCACGGCAGUCAAGUUUAAGCACAAAAAUGGCACAAAAAAUGACGUUCGGUUUGUUCUCGGCCUCGACGGCUCAACGAUGCGAAUUCGUUCGGAUGAAAGGUCCUCAAGGAAAAGGCCACGCCGAAAUGGCGGUAACGAAACCGAAAGGCUCCGGCGUAGAGACGCCUACUUCAGAACCCGGUUUUUGCGCUACGGAUAUGUGGGAUUCCGACUGGGAAGAAGAUCCGGAAGAUUUUUAUAUAUACAGAACUCAGAGGCGUCUCAGUGAUCCUAGUGCUAAUUUGAAUAAUUUCAUUCGUGGCGGAUGGAAAUCGAAAUUGGACGUAAAGGCUAGAUCGGAAAGCGAAGGAUUAGAUUCUAUUGAUAAUGGUGUUAGCGAAAUAGAGGCUGGAGAUUUAAGAGAUGAUGAGACUGGUUCUGCUUCAACGUCCAAUUCGAAAUGCUGUGGCUGUUUUCAAAAACGAAAUCGAGAAGCGCUUCUUGAAAUGUACAGUUUGAGAUGUAGCGAUCACCAGAAAUGUUCGGAAAGAUCGCAUUUAGGACCGAUUGAUAGCGAUUGUGCCUUUGGAAAUAAAAUGUGCAAGACAAAUAAGACAAUUAAGGAAACCCAACAAAAUGCUAAUUACGCGGAAUACGAAUUAGCCGAUGACGCUAUCAGUUUCGAUAAGAAAAGUAAUACGGAAUGUAUUUUAUCGAACUCCUAUCAGUAUGAUCAUGCCAAAAAUUUGUAUAUAACCGUUAGUGGUAAGGAAGAACUUCCGUGUAUUCACGAAAUAAAGUAUAUGUCAGAUAAUAAAGCAGACACGAAAAACGUAUCAGAAAAACUUGAGUUUGCUGCAAAUAAAGUAAUAAAAGAGCGAGUCAAAAAUGAAACCAAUAAUGGAAAUUUAAAUCGUCUGAAUACGAAAAGUAUUUACAGUUUUUGUACUUUACCUAAAAGUAGAAGAAAGGACAGUGACCAAAAGAAUUUUUCCAGACAUAUCGUACCUCCAAAAAGAGUGACUCCUGAUGGUACUCAUAUAUAUUAUUGGUGUGAUCUAAAUAAAAAAGAUUAUGAGUUGGAUGAUGGUGCUUACAAUCCAUUAUGGACGAUGCGUGGUUUUACUCAAACUUUUCAUUUUUGGAAAGAAAACAAAAGAGCACAAUCCAUCCCAUUGAAUGCUUUUUUAACUUAUAUUACACUGCCGUGGUGGAGUAUAGCGAAAGAUAUUUUGGAUCACAGAGAGGGACCUAUAUUGACAUUCUAAUAUUCCUGGCACUCUAGUUGAAUCGUAUGGUUUAUUGUUACAUAAAAAAACAACAUUGUGUAUAUAUAUUAAAAAAUGAAUCGAAAUUUCUCAUUUAAAAUUUACAUUUUUUUAAUUAUGUUAUUGAACUGUCGUGUAUUAAAAACAGAUUUUAU